AUGAGUGUUAAUAAUAAAAUUAUUCAAACCAAUGAAGCUAUUUAUAAUAUCUAUACCGUAUUAUGGCGGAUGAAUGCUGAUUUAGAUCAGACAUUACAAAAAAUGAAUUCAUCCCUGUCAUCAGUUGAUCAUGAGAUUAAAAAUAUUGUUGUUCAAGUGGAUAAUGUUGAAAAUGAUAUAAUUAGCAUAGCUAAGAAGUUUCCAUCAUCCGUCACAUAUUAUAUAAUACUAUUCGUUGUUAUAAUACUACUCAAUCUAUUAUCUGUUUAUCUAGUCUAUCAAAUAUUCAAAUCAUUUACUGAGCUAGAAUUUCGAAGUGACAAGAUGGUUCGUAAAUUCAACAAGAAGCGUUAUACUUCACUCCAUGACGACAGAAAUCGAUUUUUGGUCGAAGAUAGUGAAACUCCACCUCCGACAUACGAUGAAUACGUCAAAACAGCUGAUCUAUAUGUGAAGUAUCAUAAUGAUGCUUCAAAUCAAUGUGCUUCUCCGACAGUUCAUGAAGAACAUGAAUACUAA